AUGACGAUGCCCGAGCGCGUUGGCUUUUUGUUGAUGGCCCCGACGGGCUCGGACGAGCUCUCGGAGGCGACUGGCCGCGGCACGGGGGUGUUUGGCCACUCGGACGCGUCGACGAACUGGCUUAUCUUUGGCUGUGGCGCGGCGACGAUUCUGCCGCAAAUUGCCUUUGUGUCGUGCCUCAAGUACAUUACGCUGUCGCUCCUCGGCAUCGUCCAGUUUGUCGGCCCCACGAUCCAGACGCUUGUCGGCGUCUUCAUGUACGACGAAGACUUUGGCUCGAUGAAGCUCGCCGGCUUUAUCUGCGUGUGGAUCUCGCUCGUCAUUUUCACGGUUGACGGGCUCCGUGCCAAGGCGCCCGAGCCGAUCGUCGACGACGCCAAGGUCAGCGACAGCAGCGAAGACGCCACGAGCUCCGACAACAACUCCAAGGCCGAGUACCGCGGUAUCGUCGACGCCCGCGUCUAA